GUCAAAGUCAGAAAAGCAAUUUGCGAAAAAAGUCAAACGUUUUAGUUUUUCGUCGCCAAAAACUCCACUAAAUCAUCAAAAUCCACCCCGAAAACAGUGCAAAAACUAUGCACUAACCAGCGCACCGUGCGAAGCAACUAAAUUCCAACCAUGUCCCUGUUCCGGAAGCCGAAAAAACUAAUCCAAAGGCGCGUCUUCAGCGGGUACGACGACGACGACCAGGCCCCGCACUUGCAGCAGCAGGAUGAAACCAGCAACGGAAGUGGCGGCCCGAUGGAGGUGGACCAGAUGGCACCGCCGCCACCGUGCCUAAAAGGAUCGGCGUCGUCCCGGAAGGAGAAGAAACCGUCGUCGUCCAAAAGUGAAGUGGGCAGCAACAGCACGAAAAAGUCGUCCUCUUCGGCGGGGGCCGCGUCCAAAAUGUCUUUGCUAAGUUUCGACGACGAAGAGGAGGGCGAAACGUUCCAGGUGAAGAAAACGUCCCAGAGCAAGAAGGUGAUGAAAACGCUGGACAAGGAACGCCGUCGGAAGCGACACGCCGAGAAGAACGGUGGCUCCAGAGAGGAUUCCUACUCAUUUGCGGCAGCGUCUUCGACGUCGACCUCGGCGACUUCCUCAAAGUCAAAGUCGUCCUCUUCCUCAAAGCAUGGCGAAGGAUCUGAGCCAAAAGAUAAAUUAAAAAAGGAAAAGUGUGAAAAUACUAGUUCUAAUAUCCAAACUGAAAUCCGCACAGACGACUUUGUGCUCGUGGUCAAAAAGUCCGACCCAACGAAUCAGAUUCUGAACGGGCGGGCGGCGCUCUGUGCCGGCCGGGAUGACAUGACGGACGAGGAUGAGGAGGACGAGGACGAGGAUGGCGGCGGAGGUGGGGACGCGGAUGGCGAGGGCCACCAUCGGUUCGCCAAACCGGACAACUUCAAGAUGUAUCUGGAGAACGGGGUCAUUCCGGACGCGGCCAUGAUCCACGCGGCCCGCAAGCGGCGCCAGAAGGCGCGGGAGCAGGGUGACUUUAUCCCGGUGGAGGAGCCCAAGGAGGACAAGAGCAAGAAGCGGGUGGUGCGCGAGGACGGUGCCGGCGACGGGUCGGACGAGGACGAUGACCGGAUCGACAUGGCGGCCAUCACCGGAGCGAAGGAGCGCGAGGAACGGCGCGAGCAGUUCUACUCCGUUCAACGGGAAGAUUCCGCCGAGGAUUCGGACUUUGAGGCGAAGGAGUGGGAGAACCAGCAGAUUCGCAAGGGUGUGACCGGUGCGCAGCUGGUGUCCGCCCACCAAGAGUCCGUCAUCUCGCAGUACAUGAUCCAGGGUUUCAGCGGCCAGCAGUACGAUCACCACCAGCAGGACGACCAGCACGCGCUCUCUACUGCGGCACUGCUGGAGCAAGCCUACGCUCGUACCAGUGGCCUGUCCAAGGCAAAUACACGGGCCGCGUCCAGUUCGCUCAUUUCUCGAGUCGCGACCGCCGGCAAGCAGGAAAAACCGGCCGGACCUCGGAUGCCGAAGGAGAUUCUGAGGCAGCUCAGCGCACGGCUCUCGACCACCAAGGAACUGAACUACAAACAUAUCACCGACAUCGAACGGAUCACGCAGGAGGUCAAGGUGCUCAAGCUGGACCAUCUGGCCAGCGAGCAGAAGGCCCCGGCGGCGGCAGCUCGGUAUCGAUUCUACCAGGAGAUCAAGUGCUACUGCGCCGACCUGGUUGAGUGUCUGGACGAAAAGAUGCCCCAGAUUGUGGCGCUGGAGCAGCGCGCCCUGUCGCUGAUGGCCCGCUACUCGUCGAUGCUUAUCGAGCGCCGGCGGCAGGACGUCCGCGACCAGGCCAAGGAGAUGGCCGACGCUGGAAAAAACGUCAAACGCCAACCGGACGACCCGGAUCGGAUCCGCCGUGCGGCGGAACGCGAAGGUCGGAGAACGCGCCGUCGGCGGGAUCGCGAGAAGAACGAGCAGUCCACCUCCCACCUGGACGGAAUGUCCAGCGACGACGAGGUCGCCGACAUCGAAGUGUCCAAGUACCAGGCCGCGCUCAAAGAGGUGGCCGCCGAGGCCGCGCAGGUGUUUGACGAUGCCGGUGGGGAGUUCUGCGACGUGCAGGAGAUUUUGGAUAAAUUCCAGAGCUGGCGAGCCACCGAAAUGGACGCCUACAAGGACGCGUACGUGAGCCUGUGUCUGCCCAAGGUGCUCGGUCCGUUGAUCCGGUUGCGGCACGUGGUUUGGAAUCCGGUCAGCGGCCAGGAUGGGUUCGAUUUCGAGCGGGAACACUGGUACCGGAGUGCGAUGCUGUACGGUCACGUGUCGUCCGCGGAAACCGAAACCAGCCUCGCCGAAGACCCGGAUGUCCGGCUGGUGCCGACGCUGAUCGAGAAGAUCAUCCUGCCCAAGCUGGCCGUUCUCAUCGAGCAGGUUUGGGAUCCCCUUUCGACGACGCAAACCCUUAAGCUGGUCCGACUGAUCAACCGACUGUGCCGGGACUACCCCUCGCUCAGGAGAACCUGUAAACAGUUGCGAACGCUCUUCCAAGCCAUCCUGGACAAGUUGAAGCUCGCGAUCGACAACGACGUCUUUAUUCCAGUGUUUCCCAAGCAAAUGCAGGAGGCGAAAUCGUCCUUCUUCCAGCGGCAGUUCUCCAGCGGCCUCAAGCUGCUGCGCAACAUCACCUGCUGGCAGGGCCUCAUCGCGGACGGGCCGCUGACGGAGCUCGCCAUCGGGUCGCUGCUGAAUCGCUACCUGCUGAACGGGAUGCGCGUCUGUACGCCGGCCGACGCCAUCAACAAGGCCUCGAUGGUGGUGUACACGCUGCCGCGGGUUUGGCUCACGGCCGGUUCCGCCGUCAUGGUCAACAUGGUGCAGUUUGUGGCGAUGCUGCGCCACGUCGAAAAUCAGCUGGACGCGUCCAUCGGCGGGCAGCAAGAAUUGCUCGAGAAGCUUCACAAGAUAUUGACCAGCCUGCACGUCGUCGUCUGAACUUUGGAAGAGUAGAAGUUUUGAUCAAUAAUAGGAAACUGUUCACACGCUAGGUUUUACCCUCUUCCUAUCCCAACAUUGUUAACAAUCAAACAGAAGAAAACACAAAAUAACACUGCAGGCUUGCGCGUUGCGAUUAGAAUAGGUUAGAAUGUUAGUAGGAGUUGGAGGACAUAAAGACGAUCAAUCCACAGGUAAGUACCGACGAAAUUUUUCUCACCUUCUUCCACAACAACACACACACACACCCACACAAGCCCAGCUCAAACACUUUCCAAACACUCCCUCCUCUAGGUCGUUCGUGCUGAAACAGUUUAGUUAGAUGCGAAAAUAAUGAUAAGACUUAUUAAAUAUCGUAGGUGGCUAUUUGGGAAACUCACAUUUUAUAAAAAUUUCAAAAUAAAUAGCUUGAUAAAGUUGUCGCAACA